AUGCCCAAAGAACGCCAGACAUGUACCGAGUGCUCGAUGCGCCGGCAAAAGUGUGAUCGCAACCUGCCCUGUGGUCGCUGUGUCAAACGGGGCGAUGCUGCAAAAUGCACGCGCGAGUGGCCAGAAGGCGGUUACGAUCCUAAAGUCCACCGAAUCUAUCCUCGUUCCUCCACAGCAGCAGACGCCAGUCCCACAGCCACUGACACGUCUCCUCAGACCAACAAUGGCAACCCGGCAGAAGCUGUUGUACACCCGUCCCUUCGAACUCCCAAAUCUGUGACUUCUGGGCCUAGUCCACACGACCAAACAUCGGCCUAUCCAAGCAGCCUUGGAACCGCGCCAGCCAAUGGCCCAGUUACUGACGUCGACAAUGCCGCAUCCGUACUAGAGUUCCUCACCUGGGGUCGGAGCAAGCUAUCGGAUUAUGAUCUAAAGGCAUUGGAUCUCCUCAAGGAGCCUCACCAAUCUGGUACAGCGGCGCUUCCCAAGGACAACGGACCCGACUGGGAUGUUUCAAACGGCCUUGGCGGGACUGGGGCGGCCCAAGUGUCGUUUCUACAACUACUCCUUCCCAGUCGUAAACAGGUAUUUCAGUUGGUCGAGUACCAUGUCAGCUCCAUUUUGUGGUAUCACGGGUGCUUCCAUGGUCCAACAUUUUACGAAGAGCUCAAAGAGGUAUAUAAAGGGCCCAGCGGACUGCAAGUCAGAAACAUGGAUCUCAGAUGGACCGCCUUACUCUUUGCCGUAAUGGCAGCCAGCAUGACUUGUGCCAAUGAGCAGCUGGCUAUGAGCUGGGGCUUCAAGAAGAACGAAAGAGCCAAGCUGACCAGGCAAUGGUACAAGGCUACGGUAUCGUGCCUCAACCUUGCCGACUAUAUGUGGCGUCAUCAUAUCUACUCAGUCGAAGCCAUUACCACACUUACUAUGUCUGCUCAUAUCUUGGGGUUCAGCAACACUCAGAGCACCUUGCUGGGAGCCGCGCUCAAGAUCGCCCAAGGGCUUGGUUUGCAAAGACUGGGACCAGAAGACGACGGGAGCACCAGCGCUGGGUCUUCCGCCUUAUUGACACCUGUCUUACGAGACAAGAUAAUCAAACGUGAGACGGGAAGGAGACUCUGGCAACAGUUGUGUAUCCAGGAUUGGUUCUCAAUCCCCUUUUCCGAGAUGUAUUCCAUCCAGAGGAUACAUUUUUGUUCGCUCAAACCUAUGAACUGCGAUGAAACCACCAUGCUACCUCUACCCGAUGAUGUCCCAAGUAUGACAAGCUUCCCGAAUUUCCUUGGUGAUAUCGCAAGCUUGAUGCCGCAAAUACAUGAUGCAAUUAUCUCAUCGAACACAUUAUACACCAAGUACGAACAAAUUCUAGACUACGACGCACAAAUGCGGUCCCUUGCGACGGACGGGCUCCCUCGCUAUUUCUCCAUGAGAGAACCACUCCAGCCAGAGUGGCCCGCAUUUAUCCCGUGGGCGCGACGGAGCUUGACCAUUUGUUUCGCUCACAAGAUCAUCAUGAUUCACAGGGCGUUUCUGGGUCGCAGCUUUACAGAGCAAGCAUUUGACUUUACACGUCGAACAUGCAUGGCAGCUGCAAAGACAAUACUAAAAGAGGCACGACAGGCGUAUGACGAGGAAGGACCUAUGCUCUGGAUCGAUCAAGCUUUUAUGGUCGCCGCAGGAAUAACACUCGCCCUGGACAUCUUCCACCGUGGACCCAACGAACCCGAGUACGAGGAACACCGGAAGCUGGUGGAGAAUACCAUCACGAUGUUGGGCAAGUUUGAAAACAGCAUGAUUGCAAUGCGCGGCAUUCGUUUGCUGUCCUCCUUGCUUGCUGAGCAGGCCCGGUUGACGGCUGACCAGACCCUGGAAAACUAUAGAAAGCGCACACAUGACACCAUGACUGGAGAUCACGGUCAACCUAAGCGGCAGAAAUUCAAUGUGCCCAAGUUUGUGGAGUCGUUUGUUGGAAACGACUCAUUCACACAUACUCUGCGGUCUGCGAAUCGAGGUGCCGAGCCGUCACUCGAACUGUAUGAACCGACUGAAUCGAAGACACCUGGAGCACAGGAUCCGAUGAUUACGUCCGACUUGGGAUACGAGACAUUUGAACAGCUCUUUCCACCCCAUACCGGUAUCAGUAACAACUUUCUCUUUGAGGAUCUGCUGAACUUCGACAUCUGA